AUGUUUGAGUCGGAGGUUUCAGUGACAGCAGGAAGAGCGGUUGUGGCAGGGUGAAAAAUUACAAAGGCUGUCAAACAAUCAAGAUGUCCUUUGCCAGCGAUAGACUCUACAAUGGCUAUCUGCGGCGGAAUAUGCCGGCCAUCGUUAGCAGGGUGAAAGUGAGAGAAAUAAUACCCCACCUUCCUUGCCUGACUGAUCACGACAAGGAAAAUAUAGAGGCGAAACGAGAAACCUAUGGGAAUUAUGAUGGCAUGGUGCUUCUUCUGGAUUGUCUAAAGAGAAGAGAAAAUUGGCCGGAGCAGUUCAUCCAGGCACUACAGGCAUGCGAGCAUACAACCCUUGCGGCUGAGAUCAGACAAGAAUACGAUUCUUUGCGUGGCGUUAACAAUUCCAGCCCUGCCUCAGCUCCAGCAGCUGUCGUCAGGGCUCACGUCCAUCCGCCACCAGCUGCCAGUCACCUGCCCGGAUCCACGGCUGGUGUGGUGGGUCAGGCCGCUGCGGCUCAGCCAACAGAACCACCUCCAGCUCCUCGUGAGCCAGCUGCUCAGGCCCCGCCUCCCAUCCAAACGCCAGCGCAGCAGCAGGUCCCUCAGAUGGCAGCGGCCCAGGCUUCAGGGGCUGUUUCCCCUCCUGAGCCCGGCCCUCAGCCUCCGCUGUUGGCGGAGGAUGACGUUCCACUCCUCCCGUCCACACCACCUCCUUCCCCUGAGAUCCAACGUGCUCAAGCAGCUGAGACGCCGCCGCCACAGGGAGAAGACACUCCUCACCGGGAGCCAGAGGAAAACUCUGAAUCAGACACCCGAGAUGCGUCUGUUGAGACAAGUUUGGUCCCAGAGAAGAUGAGCCCAGGUAAGCCAGAGGCUGCCGUCAGCGUGGCGACCUCCCCUCAGCCGCAGCAGGUGGUCCCACACAGUGACACAGAGACACUGCUCCGCACAGACCCUCUCCAAACGGCAGUCGCCACAGAUUACGCGCCGCAGCAGAGUCCAUCGUUAACACCGAUGAACUCCGACGUGUCCGAUGGAUCAAGUUUCCUAACGCUGACGCCGGAGAAACAUCCGGUCCAGGACACCACUCCACCAGUGCACAAAGUAGCCGCUGCCGUCCUGCAACCCCAGAAGAGCCCUGAACCUUCAGCUGCGCCGAUUGUGAAAAGCAGAACCCAGCCUGAAGCUGCUGGUUCUACCUCUCCUGAGUCGUGUACCGAAGACGGCGACGACAACGCACCGUGCAUGAGCAAACCUGGCCAGCUCAUCAGCAUCCAGCCAGAUAACCGCGCCAGCCCCGCAGUCCCGUCUUUCAGCUCCCCGCUGCAGCCUUACUCCGGCAACAGCGAGCGUCUGGAGAUAAGCGAGGCUGCAUCAGACGCGGAGAGCAACCUUCCUGCCUGCACUGCUCUCAGCCCUAAAGCUGAGGAUGCUGCGUCUGCUCCGCCGUGCCAGGAGAACGGGAUUGCUGCCGACCACAGCGAGCCAGAGGAGAAUCAUUACGAGUCUCCGAAUCAGAGCUUUGAAGUGAGGGAGAAUGUGGUACACGUAACAGGGCUGCCAUCGCUCCUUAACCUUGACGGUCAAGUUUUAGUGCCACAACUUCAAAUCAUCAGUGAGGAACCGGCCAACGGAAGCUUCUCCGCCUCAGCAGCGUCCUUUACGGCCGUAGAUGAUACCGGGUCGAGUUUAAACGGCCCUCACAGCGAGAGCUACAAGCACUCUGAGUCGGCAGGAGGGGGUCCUUCCACUGAGCAGAAGCCCCCGCCCCAUUCAGAGGAAAGCAACGAUCCCAACUGUGAUGUCCAUUCAAAGACGACGUACGUUCUGAUCGCUGCGGGGGUGGCGGCUUGUGCUCUGUUGAUCGGAAUGAGGCUUAAGAAAUAAGGGGAUUUAAUAUCUUUAAAGACAGAAUAAUAGACUGAGAGAGUAGAGGCUGAAAAUCAUAAGGGCUUGGUGUCUUAAAGUAAUGCUUACACUCAAGCCGGGCAUACACUGUACGAUAUUUUCAAUGGUUGUUCUCGGAUACAGCUCAAACUGUACGACGAAGCCGCGGGGUUUAAAAGUUAAAAGAUGGCGCUUGUCAGACUCGUCUAUCCGGAAGCCAAACGUAAACAGUAGAAGAUGAAGAGGAUGGAGGUGUCAAUGCUCGCUGUUAAAUAUGAGGCUCACUGGAACGAAACGCGCUGCCUUGUCAAUUCUACAAGUUGCUCCUGAGUAGUUUGACUCCAUGUCACACGUACCGCUGUCAUGCUUCUCUCCGCUCCUAUGUUUUCGUCUGAGAA